GGCGGGGCUAAUCGAGCACUGUCUUCGGAACGGGCGGGGCGUCGUCACGUCUAGUGACGUCACAGAAAGACCUCAGGUUUAGGCGCGGGCGCCGCCGACUCUUAAGAGAGUUUGUCGGCCUGCCCCGGAAACGUUACAUCCCCCUGGGUCGCCAUGGGCAGCAAGAUGGCGGCGGCCACUCGGGUCGUGCAGGUAGUCAAGCCACAUACUCCAUUAAUAAGGUUUCCUGACAGAAAAGGCUACCCCAAACUGAAUGUACCCGAAUCUUUAACAUCAUCUGUGCUUCCAUCUCACUCUUCUGCAAUAUCACAACAUUCUUUGGGUGGUAAAUCAUCAGGUUUGCCAAUGAAUCGUGGUCCACCAGAUUCUGCUGAAAUAGUAAAAACAUUACCUCAGAAAUAUAGGAGGAAAUUCAUGUCUCCAGAAGAGAUGGAAUUUAUUCAACGUGGAGGUCCAGAGUAAUCGCUGACAAGCAUAUUAUGAUUGUCAGACAAGAGAGUGGUUAUCUUCACAAUAAAGGCCUUCAAAAAUGACAUGUUAAACUGUAUAUGAAACCAAUUUAAUAUAAGAUGCUGUAUAAAAUGCAGGGUUACAAAUUUAGAUAGCCAUUUAUAUUUCCUAAUUUGUUUAAAUCAGCUUGUCUAUAAAUUAGGCUGAAGAUUUGAGUUAUUAUUUCUUAAAAGUAUAGGAAUUUUUGUAAUUUAGAUAGCAUAUUAACUUUUGAUUUUCAAUUAUCUCUAAUAUUUAAUGUUGCUCAGGUUUAAUUUCCAGUAACCUUAAUUUCCCAUAAUUUUUCAUUGUAAGAAAUGGAAAGUACUAGUUAGGUAGAAUCAUUGUUUUAGGAGAAGAUAUCAGAAGUCUUGAGAUCAGAUGAGAAUCAAUGUUGUACUAUUCUGACGGGUAAAAUUGAGACAGGAUAGGUCACUGUUAGUGAGAGUGGGACAAUAAUGAAAAAUGAUGAUGAAUAAUGAAUGAUAAAAUAAUCAGUUACCAAACUUAUGUUUGUCAAAAACCAUGAAAUGACAAACAAAAAAUGAAGUGGAAGUAGGGGGGAUAUGUUUUAAAAGGUUUUUUGUGUGUGUUUUAAGAAAAGAAAAAGUUCCUGCCCUUUUGAGUUUGUUUUGAUCAUGUAUUGUGAGCACAUAUCAAAUUAAAUAUUUAUUUUUUCCCACUCGUCCCUGUCACAUAUUGGUUAGUGUCUAAAAGUAUUGCUAUAACAUUUCUAAUAUAGCAAAUUUUUAUAUUUGGUAACAAUAAGGAUUUUUUCCAUAAAGAUUAAAGUAUGACAAAUAUCUUAUUGUUGGGGAUCUUGGCUCAUAAAACUAAAUUCCAUUCUGGUAGUCCAGCUUUGGUAAAACAAAAUGAUAAAGCUGUUUUGUAUUAGUAAACGUUUUGAGGUAUUGAUUUCCAUAUAAUUUGUGAGCAAUGAAUAGUGUAUCACUGCUGAGAGCAAUUUAGUUUUGGUCAGUUAGGUGGCUUAGUACCAAGACUGGAGUCAGGAAGACUCUUCCUUUUAAGUCUCAAAUCUGGCCUCAGAUACUCACUAUCUGUGUGGCUCUGAACAAGACAUUUAACAGUAUACCUCAGUUUCCUCAUUUGUAAAAUGAGCUGGAGAUGAAACUGACUAACCACUCUAUCUCUCUGCCAAGAAAAACACUAAAUGGAGUUAUGAAGAGCUGGGCACAAUUGACAUCUGAACAUAUUUGGAGUUUACUUGAUAACUUAAAAAACAGUUCACUACUCUUUUCUAUAUACUUUGUUAUACUGUGGAAAACUGGCUUUCAGAGUAAGCAUCUACCUUUUGAUCAUCUAUUUUUGUGUAAAAUAUGGUAAAAUAUAUUGAGGAAAAGGGUAAAGAAUCACUUUUUAUUUUUCUGUAUUGGACUGAGUUGAAAUAAAGCUAUGGAACAGCAGUAGAAACUAUAUAGUCACUGUCCAAUUUACAAGGCAAAAGUCUCAAGUCCAGAUGGCUACCCUCUCUUCAUUUUGAAAAACACCAAAAACUUGUUCAGAUAGUGAAGUUGUGAAAAGUAGGAACACAGGAAACUGAACAUAGGUAUAGGUCUGAAGAGAGCUUAUCUGCCUGUUAGGUGAAAGUAGUUUUUACUGUUUGAAAUUCCUUUUCGUUAACAGGCAUCCUCUUUUCAAAAUAGGGGUUUCUUUGAUGUUUAAGUCACUCAUAUAAUGUGAAUCAGCCAGCAUGCUUGCUUUCUAACACAUAAUACUAACAAAAUGGAUCUUUUUUAAAAAGGUGGAUGAUUUGGAGCAUCAAGUGCUUUGGGGGCAUGGGACAGACUUGGGUUUGUGUUACAGUGAAAGCCUUAGAGCCAUAGUAAGAGUGAGAUGAGUGCCUAGUUAGAGGAGUACAAAAAGGAUGCUGAGUUGCCAUUUCAAGCAUUGUCUAUUUUGAACUUUUCUAAGGGGAGGAAAUUCCCUCUUAUUUCAUAUUGCUUCGUGCUCUUUUUAAAAUUCCUGUUAGUCUUGUGGAUUGGUGAAGUCAACCUUUGGGGUGCUCUGUAUUUGGGCAAAUCACAGACCCUGCAUAUCUCUAUUUGUAAAAUAGAUAUAAUGGUAUCUAUUGGGCCUACUUAAUGAGAGGCAGCGUGAUGGUGUAACAAUUACCACCACUACCACCUUGGAUCCAGAGUUAAGAUAAUGAAGUGCGCACAAGUUCCUGCUCCAACACUUAAUAGCUUCUAUAACCAUGGGGCAAAUCAAUCAGUUCCUUCAAAUUUCUAUAUCUGUAAAAGAAUAAUGACAAUUGUAUUUCUUACCUCACAAAGCUAUGGGGAAAGGAUUGUAAAUCUUAAAAGCAUUGGAUCAAUGUAUUAGAAGAUUGUUGUAAAUACUGAGAUGUUUGUAAAUAUUUUUAUAAACUAUAAGAAACUAUAUAAA